AAGGUUCCGUAGUUGCCUGGUGAACGAGUGUAAACAAAAGGGGAACGAGAGUGACUUGGGGUAGCUGUCGCCGCUCUCUGGGUGGUGCUCUGGUCAGGCCGCGGGAAGUGAAUUGGAGCGGUAGCCUAAGCGGGCGAGUCCUUCCUGGCUUUGGUUCGCUUCUUCCCUGUCCCAGGCUUUAACAUUUGGCUCCUGCUGGAAAAAGAUCUGCUGUACUAUACGUGGAGUGAGUCCGGAUGAGGGAAGGAUUUCAGGUAGGUACCCAAUGAUCAUCUGCUGCUCUGCAGCCAGGGAUGGGGCUUCUUCCCUAGUACUGCUGGCACUGUCCCUUCUCAGUAGUUGCAGUAGCUAAAGAGCACCCCUGUGAAGUAAGUUAUUCUGAAUUACUGGUCCAAGAUUGUCCAGUGCACUGAAUGAAGACAGAAAACUGUCAUUCAACACUCCAUCCACUAUACCACACUGACUCUGAGUAAGAAACACUCUGGCAAUGAGCAGAAGUGGAGUAUGCUGAACACAUUUUUUAAACACUGAAUAUCAAAUAUUGUGAAGAGAGAUACAUGAGGAAAUCUGACAAAGUGAGGUUUUAUGUUCUAAACCAGCAUUGAAUGUCAGUCAAGCAACAAUGGAAGAGAUUCCAGUUAAAGUAGCAGUAAGAAUAAGACCUCUGCUUUCUAAGGAAAUACUUCACAACCAUCAAGUUUGUGUGAGAUUAAUUCCUGAUACUCAGCAGAUUAUAAUUGGAAAAGACCGUGUUUUCACUUUUGAUUUCGUUUUCGGCAAACAUUCAACCCAAGAGGAAGUCUAUACAACUUGCAUUAAGCCACUGGUAGCAUCUUUAAUAGAAGGAUAUAAUGCUACCGUUUUUGCCUAUGGACAAACAGGCUCUGGGAAGACUUACACUAUUGGAGGAGGUCAUAUUGCAUCGGUUGCUGAGGAAGAGAGAGGUAUCAUUCCACGUGCAAUCCAGGAAAUAUUUCAGAUUAUUUCAGAAAAUCAUAAUAUUGACUUUACUGUGAAAGUUUCUUAUAUAGAAGUCUACAAAGAAGAACUCAGAGAUCUACUGGAACUGGAGACAUCUAUGAAAGAUAUGCACAUUAGAGAAGAUGAAAAGGGCAAUACAGUACUUGUUGGUGCCAAAGAUUGCCAAGUUGAAAAUGUGGCUGAAGUGAUGAGCCUGUUGGAAACUGGGAAUGCCGCCCGUCAUACAGGCACCACGCAAAUGAAUGAACACUCCAGCCGAUCUCAUGCUGUUUUUACCAUCAGCAUUUGUCAACAACAACAGUUUGUAUCAAACCAAAAGGAUGCAGAUUCUGCACAAUACUCAGGACAGCUUAUUGCUUCCAAAUUUCACUUUGUGGACCUUGCAGGAUCAGAAAGAGUAACAAAAACAGGGAACACUGGUGAAAGAUUCAAAGAAUCAAUUCAGAUCAACAGUGGUUUAUUGGCUCUGGGAAAUGUGAUAAGUGCUCUUGGAGAUCCAAAGAGAAAAAGUGCACACAUUCCAUACAGGGAUGCUAAAAUUACACGUAUUCUUAAGGAUUCCUUGGGAGGAAAUGCCAAGACUGUCAUGAUAACUUGUAUUAGCCCAUCAUCUUCAGAUUUUGAUGAAUCAUUAAAUUCCAUCAAAUAUGCCAACAGAGCCAAGAAUAUUAGAAAUAAACCUGUUGUCAACUAUAACCCAGACCUGGACCGUAUUGAUGAAAUGGAGCUUGAAAUCAAGUUGCUCCGGGAAGCUUUGCAAAACCAGCAAGUCCGUGGACAAACCCCUGGCAGUCAAGGGUCACAGGAUUUGUUACAAGAUAGAAACAAAAUCCGUUCCCUUGAAGAACAGCUUGCCCAGCUUCAGGUAGAAAGUUUUAGCUACCGAAAUUGCAUAGAGGAAGCCUAUGCAUUCCUUGUUGAGUUAAACAAUAUUGCUAGUUUAACAAAUAGUCAACAGGAGAGACUGCAGGAUUGGCUCUGCAUGGCUCAGGAACUAAAGCGAGAGACUUCAACUGUUUCCAAGGUAAACAAUGGAAAUGGAGGUGAUCAAGAAGGGCUAUGUCAUAUCACCAUUCUUCAGCUGAAAAGGGAGCUAAAGAAAUACCAGCAGGCACUGGCUACAGAUGCAGAUGUGUUCAGUGAGAAAGAACUUGAACUAAAGGAACUGCAAGAUCAUAUACAAAAACUGGUAAAGGAGAAUCAAGAAUACCUGGUAGCAUUCAAGGAGGCAAAGGAAACAAGCAGGCUACAGAAUGAGAAGAUGGUGGAACAACAGCUUAUAAUUGAUCAGCUGAAUGACAAGUUAGAAAAAAUGACUAAUGGUUCUGCCUCUCGGAGUGAUUGUGGAGAUGGCCCAGCUGCUCUAAUAUUUGCUAAAAGGCCUUAUAGUGUCCCACUAACUAAAAGGCUUGGACAGUCCAUUAAUAUGCCAGUGGGGUUGGAUUCUCGAAAGGUACACACAAGCCCACCUACAUACUCCCUAAAUAGAGUAAUGGCUGGAUUUCGAACCCGAAGUCAAAUAAUGUUGGAUUACAUAGAAGAACAAGAUGAAGUUCUUCAUUCCUGCUUUUCUGAUCAUAGUGAUGAUGAUGAAAGAAAUGUCAAGAACAUAGGAAGACCCCAGUUUAGGCAGACCUUAAACCGUACAUGGACACAAAAAGGAGCUUCCCCCAGCUUCAUCGCUGAAUCAAAAGAAACACUGCACAAUUCCUCUUCACAAAAUGAAAACAUUUCACAAAAUGAAAGUGUUACAGGUGAAGAUAUUGAAUGUAUCCAGAAGAGUCAAAUAUUAAAUAUGCAAAAAUUAAAGAAUUCAGAGCUAAAACUUACUGCUGCAAAGCAAAAAAUGAAUGAACUUACACUUAAUAUCAGAAUGAAAGAAGAACUUAUUAAAGAGCUAGUAAAAACAGGUAAUAAUGCCCGAUCUGUAACCAAGCAGUAUUCUCAGAAAAUAACAAAACUGGAACAUGAAGCAGAGCAAGCAAAAAUAGAAUUGGUUGAAACCCAAAAGCAAUUGCAGGAACUAGAGAACAAGGAGUUAAGAGAUAUUGCAGAGAAAGCCAGACUGCAGAAGGAAUUUAGGAAGAAGAUGGAUGCAGCAAAACUUAAAGUGCAGGAUUUACAAAGGAAACAGCAGGACACUAAAAAGUUGGCAUCACUGUCCACCCAGAAUGAGAAACAUGUAACAGAACUGGAACAAAAUGUCAGUCACAUGAAAAAUCAACAAGCCCAACUUCAAAAAAGAUUGCAAGAGGAGAGUGAAAAAAAGAAAUCCUUGGAGGCAGAAAUUCAACAGGGCCACCAGCGCAUCAAGGAACUGCAGCAAAAGACAGAACAACAGGAGAAGAUUCUAAAACUAAAAAAUGAAGAAAUUGCUGCAUUUAAGAAGAAAAAUUCAUUGGUACCUCCACAACAACUGCAGAAGUCAGAAGAGAAAAAGAAGUGGCUUGAUGAAGAGCUAGAGAAGAUUUUGCAGCAGCGUCAAGAGCUGGCUAAUCUGGAGGAAGAUUUAAAGAGAAGAGAAGCUAUCAUUUCCAAGAAGGAAAUGCUGAUUCAAGAAAAGAGCCAUUUGGAAAUAAAGAAAUUGAGAUCCAGCCAGGCACUCAGUACAGACAGUUUGAAAUUAUCUACCCGACUGAGCACAUUGGAUCAGGAAUUAUGUAACAAAAAUAUACAGCUUCAGAGAAGUACCAGUGAUGAGCACGGGAGGAUUUUGGAAGAGGUUCAGGUUCUGCAGAAGGAGAGGGAUCAACUGCUAAAAAGAAGAAACAGUGUGGAUGAAAAGCUUAAAAGUGGCAGAGUGUUGUCCCCUGAAGAAGAACACAUUCUCUUCCAACUUGAAGAGGGAAUUGAUGCCUUGGAGGCUGCCAUUGCCUACAAGAAUGAAAGUAUCCAAAAUCACAAGAACUUGCUCAGAGCCUCAUCUCAGAUCAUCUCUCAAAGUGAGGCCAGUAUGAUGGGAAAAUUAGUUUUCUUGUCUGCUACUGAGCUUCAAGCAAUUCUCUUAAAGUAUUUUAAUAAGGUUGUCAGCCUCCGAGAGAGUGAACGUAAAUUGAAGCUCCAAACUGAAGAACUGGGAAUGAGGGUAAUGGAACAAGAAAACAUAGUAAGAGAGCUUGAAUUGGCACUUCAGCAUCUCAUGCUUCAGUGUGAUAGGCGUCUGACCCUCCAGCAAAAAGAACAUGAGCAAAAGAUGCAAUUAAUACUAGUUCAUUGCAAAGAGAAAGAUGGAGAAAGUAUUACAGAAUCCCUUAAAACAUAUGAAGCCAAAGUCCAGCGACUGGAAAAAGAGUUGUUCUUCUAUAAAAAAACAAGCAGAGAACUAAAGAAGAAAUUAAAGGAACUUCUUGGAGAAUCAAUGCAUCCUCCUCCUACACAAAGUAAUUGUUCUAAUGAUGGGAUAUUGGACCAAGAAAGAGCAGGUAUCUCUUCAGAAGAACUUGUGUGGACAUCCAAAUCAUCUGGAAAAUUGAAAGAAACAGAACACCCAGUGGGUGGCUUAGAAGUACAUCAAAAUCCACAUAGACUUGAACAGGAUGGUGCAGAGCUGGAAUCCAAUGCAUUGUGUUCAUGUAACAGUCAUGAGGAGCAAGCGGGAAAAGUGUGUCAGCUUGCAAAAUCUCAUCCCCAAUUGUUCUGUCAUUCUCAGGCAAAAGAGACAUUGACACAACUUCAAGGAGUAACCUCAGUAAAACUUCCCCGCAAAGAAUUACGUCCUAUCCCUGUUUCUGAGCUUUCAUCAAGGCGCUCAGGCCUAACAGAUGGUAUAAAUUCUGUUGCUGACAAUUCCUUUGAAAUGUCUAGAAAACCUAGUGACUAUAAUAUAUAAUCAUUUCUUUUUAAUAUGAAUUCAGUACACAAUUUCUUCCAAUUUAUUUCAGUCAGCUACAAUAUUUAUGCAAAUUAUUUCUAGUUGUGCUUUAAGCCACCGAUCAUUAUUUUAUGUAGAAAUCUGUGAUGCUUUGAUACAGUGAUGACAUAAAUGGCUAAAAUCAAAGGAGUUUUCACUGUGAGGAAUUCUGUUACAAAGGAUGUGCUCCUUUCUUCGUAGUAUUAGAAUGGAGUUUUCUACUUUUGAGUGCGUUCUUUAAAUCUUAUACUACAGAUAAUCUUAGAGCUAUAUAAUUUUGUUCAUACCAUUGUGUUGACUGUUCCCGAGAGCAUGUUUAUGUGGCUAAACAAUGUAUAAGUGGAACAAUCAGCUAUGGCUGUAAGCACUCCAUGUGAUUACAGUUAUGGCAGUGCUGUUGGCUAGACCUGUUACUACUCAGUUUUGCACAUUUCAGUUGUCUUUGUGAACAUGUAGCGCUGGAGGGUUCACAUGAAUAAAUACUGUAUUGUGUUACCUGGUUAGGUGUAGCAUGUUCUUCAUGGAAACACAAGCAGUGAUGGUUUCCUAACCUACUUUUGUGUAUGCAUACUUGUGCUAAUAAUAAAAAUAAUAAGUUAUUUAUUGUA